CGAGUGCGAGGCGGUGACUGAGGCCUCCAUGCUCCUGCCUGUCUCUCCGGCUCUUGCUGCUGCUGCAUUCUGGGAGUCUGACCUCACUGUUACUCGCCGCCACCGCCAUGGGAGCCGUCACCGACGGCACAUUUUUGUUUUAGGGUUGACUUGCCCUUUUAUUAAUUGGCACCAGCAUGAUGCUCAUGGUACAGUAGGCACAUGAAAUGCAGCCACCUGUGUUUGGAGAUCGUAGAUGACGUUAUCCGCAAAAGACUUUUGAUUGACGGCGAUGGAGCCGGAGACGACCGAAGAAUUAAUUUAUUGGUAAAGAGUUUUCUGAAAUGGUGCAGUUCCGGUUCCCAGGAGGAAGGAUACAGCCAGUACCAGCGCAUGCUGAGCAGCUUGUCUCAAUGUGAAUUUUCUAUGGGAAAAACACUCCUAGUGCAUGAUAUGAAUCUGCGGGAAAUGGAGAACUAUGAAAAAAUAUAUGUUGAUAUAGAGAGUGGUAUUGCUGCAGCACAUGAGAAAAUCACAGAGUGCAAAAAACAAAUCUUGCAAGCCAAGCGAAUCCGGAAAAAUCGUCAAGAAUACGAUGCAUUAGCCAAAGUGAUUCAGCAACAUCCAGACAGACACGAAACUCUAAAGCAGCUGGAAGCUUUAGAUAAAGAACUGAAACAGCUGUCGCACACUAAAGAAAAUGUGGAAGACAAGCUGGAGUUACGAAGGAAGCAGUUCUACGUUCUUCUCAGUACUAUACAUGAGCUGCAACAGACUCUGGAAAAUGAUGACAAACUUGCAGAAGAAUCUCAGGAGUCACCGAUGGAAACUCAAAAUCCAUAGACGGAAAAUUGUAGCCUUUAUUCUGCCUCAUUAGCUGGAUAUAGGAGGCAUGUAGGAAUGGAAUGGGUUUGAUACAUACCGUAGUUGCAACACUGAGAUACCUAUGGAACAGCUUUUAUGUACAUUCAUUUAAA